GCGUGUGGUGCAUCUGUGGCGUGUGUUUGCACGUGCCUGCUCUCUCUGAGUGGCUGUCUCCUGAGCUGCUACUCUACUCUCUCUCACCCAUUCACUGUCUAAUAGGAAACAAAUCUGCCCCUGGACAUGCCAGGGCUUAAAAUAGAUGUUGAGACAGCAGCCUUUCCCCUUCUUCAGCAGCAACAGCGUCAGUAGCAGGAGCGGCGGCAGCAAGGAAAGGGAGAACAGAGGAGAUGGCCGACUAGAUCUGACGGAGGAGCCUCCUUUCCCAGCUGAGAAAAAUCAGAGCCUUGACAAAGCUUAGAAACCGACCGUGGGUGGUGGUCGCAGCAGAAACACUGCCCCGCCCCAGCCCCCUCAAGAGGCCCGGGAUGCAAGGGGGGGCUUGGCGGCACCAAUGUCCUUCUUGUCCCGGUUCUCCCGGAACGGAUCCAGGGCUCCCAGCCGGCGGAUUCACGAUGACACCGUCAGCCACCCCAUCCUCAGCAUCUUUGAACUGGAGAGGCUGCUCUACACAGGGAAGACAGCCUGCAACCAUGCUGAUGAAGUGUGGCCAGGACUCUACCUGGGAGAUCAAGAUAUAGCUGCCAACCGCAGGGAGCUGGCGCGCCUGAACAUCACCCACAUCCUCAAUGCCUCGCACAGCAAGUGGCGGGGAGGGGCCGAUUACUAUGAAGGCACUGGCAUCUGCUACCUGGGCAUCGAGGCCCACGACUCGCCCAGUUUCGACAUGAGCCCCUACUUUGAUCCCGCCGCUGACUUCAUCCACAAGGCGCUGAGCAGGACUAGAGGAAGGAUCCUUGUUCACUGUGCCGUGGGGGUGAGCAGAUCAGCCACUUUGGUCCUCGCCUACCUCAUGAUUUACCAUCACUUGACCUUGGUGGAGGCCAUAAAGACCGUCAAGGACCACCGAGGCAUCAUCCCCAACCGGGGUUUCCUACGUCAGUUGGCUGCCCUGGACAACUCCCUCAGGUUGAAGCAGAGGCCAUGAGUGGAAGGGCCAGAGGGAAACAAUGUUGGAGCCAGUCAUGAGGCAUUCCCAGGCCAUUAUUUGGGCUCUGGUGUCCCUGAACUUCCACAGUUCCCACCCUGCAGAAGCCCAAGGCCUACAAGGCCUCUAAUUUCUAAAGUUAGCUUCAGGUGUCAACCAGAGGUGAGCUGGCUCGGGUUUCCAAGAGGCAGAGAGUUCCCCAACCCCUCUCUCCAUUUCUCCCUCCUUUGGGAAGCCAUAAAAUGGGGCUCUUCUUGAUAUCAAGUCUCAACCUCAGACCAGGGGAGCCUUCAGCUCUCUAAAAAUCCCCCCGGAGUCCUGUGUGGUGUGGCCUGUCGCUCUCCGUAUUUGCUUUUAGCCUUUGUUAAAGUGCUUGGGUAGUUCCCUAAUGUAUUUUAGCUGUGAGAAUAAAGUCCUGCAGAGACUAAA